AAAUCGCUUGGCGUCAGUUAGACGUAAAACUAACUAAAUAUGGAGCAAAAAUCAUUAAUUACCUUAUUGCUGGUGGGGUUAAUACUUCAGGCAACCGAAACGCUGGCCAACCCCAAAGAAAAGACAAAAUCACUGCCUGGUUUUCUCAAGAUUUGUCAACGCGACGCGCCGGACUUGAAUAAAUGUGCACGUGAAUCCUUUGAGUCACUGGAGCCGCACCUGAUGGACGGCAUACCAGAGCUGUACAUACCGCCAAUGGAACCACUGUUGGUGCCCGAAAUCAGAAUGGAUCAAGAUUCGGGUGCUAUCUAUCUACAUUCUGUGUAUAGGAAUGUUAAAAUUUCGGGCAUGUCAAAGCAUAGGUUAAUAAAUCUGACCAUCGAGCCAAGUAAACAUAAGAUCUCCUUUUCGCUGACAUUCCCGAAACUUAUGUUGGAUUCGGAAUAUAGCAUUAAGGGCAAGAUCAUGAUGAUGCCUCUGCUCGGUGAUGGACAUUGUCAUAUGGAUCUAACCAAUCUUACAAUGGAUACGGAGCUGAAUGGCCAGGAGUAUAUUAAAAAUGGCGCUACCUAUUUAAAGAUCACGGAUAUAAAGGUCAUAUAUAAACUGUCCAAUGUGCAUAUGGAGCUGGAUAAUCUUUUCAAUGGCGACAAGGUUUUGGGGCAGAGAAUGAACGAUUUUCUUAACGAGAACUGGAAAUCGCUGUCCGACGAGGUGCGCCCAUUGAUAACCAAGGCACUUGUAGAUAUUUUGCGCUCCUCCAUCGAUAAAUUGUUUGCUACUUUCCCCUACGAUGAACUUCUGCCCAAAAAGAAGAAUUGAGCAGUUCAAAUUAAUAUUAAAUAAAGUAUAGAUUUAAUCAUAGGUAGGUAGUACAAAAAAUCAAUUAAACUACUUGCAACAACAAAAUAAAACUCAAAAUAAAUUACAUUUAUAAUAUAAUCC